AGUUGACGUCAGUUCGGCCGCUGGCAUAGAGUGAAACAAACAUGGCGACAGACUCGAGUGGACUGGGCUUUCCUCUGACUUUCUUCGUGUUUUUCUGCGUGUUGGUGGGCAGGGAGGCUGAGGCAGCGGUUCCGGAGUCGAGGAGCAUCACUCGGAUACUCGGCAUGCGGCUGGAGAAGAGCAACAGGCCGGCCGUGACCACCGAGACGGGAGUUAUUCAGGUGACGGAGGGCAGCGACCUGCUCUUCAGGUUCUACGGGCUCCACUUGUUUCCCAGCAGCUCGGAGCUCAUCAGGUUCGCAGAACUUUACGCGAGUGAUAAAGAGGAUGACGAGUUCGGCGCUCUCGUUGUUCCUUUUAACAGGACUUGUCCCGAACAAUCGAAGGAUAUAUUAGUGAAGGGGCUCAUGCAGGUAAGCAACCAAAACACCGCCGGAGUUGUCAACCUCACCAUCAAGCAGCUUCGGAAAAGCGAAGUUGUGAAAGUGUUCGGGUUGUGCGUCCUCGACCCCCAAGAGCAGAAGUGGUCCCUGCUGGACGACAAGGACGGCAGAGUUCGGGUGGUGGAGGUGGAGAAGUCUCUGAUGCCUAUUUGGCUGGAGGUGAUCCUCAUCUGCUGCCUGUUGGUGCUGUCCGGGAUGUUCAGCGGGCUCAACCUGGGGCUGAUGGCGCUGGACCCCAUGGAGCUCCGCAUCGUGCAGAGCUGCGGCACGGAGAAGGAGAAGAAGUACGCCCGGAAGAUCGAGCCCAUCCGCAGAAAGGGUAACUACCUGCUGUGCUCGUUGCUGCUCGGGAACGUCCUGGUCAACACUACCCUCACUAUCCUCCUGGACGACCUUACCAAGUCCGGACUUGGGGCUGUGGUCGCGUCCACCGUCGGCAUCGUGAUCUUCGGAGAGAUCGUCCCCCAGGCGCUGUGCUCCCGGCACGGUCUGGCAGUGGGUGCCAACACCAUCCUGCUCACCAAGCUCUUCAUGCUGCUCACCUUCCCCCUGUCUUGGCCCAUCAGCAAGAUCCUUGACUGCGUGCUGGGCCAGGAGAUCGGAACCGUGUACAACCGGGAGAAACUGGUGGGAAUGUUGAAAGUGACCGAACCCUACAACGACCUGGUCAAAGAGGAGCUGAACAUGAUCCAAGGUGCACUGGAGCUCAGGACCAAAACGGUGGAGGAUGUCAUGACACCUCUGGGAAACUGCUUCAUGAUCAGCAGCGACACCGUGCUAGACUUCAACACCAUGUCUGAGAUCAUGGAAAGUGGCUACACCAGAAUUCCCGUGUACGAGGACGAGCGCUCCAACAUAGUGGACAUCCUCUUCGUCAAGGACCUGGCCUUCGUGGAUCCAGAUGACUGCACCACCCUGAAGACCAUCACCAAGUUCUACAACCACCCAGUCCACUUCGUCUUCCAUGACACUAAACUGGAUGCCAUGUUGGAGGAGUUCAAGAAAGGAAAGUCCCACCUGGCCAUUGUCCAGAAGGUGAACAACGAGGGGGAAGGAGAUCCGUUCUACGAAGUUUUGGGCUUGGUCACUCUUGAAGACGUGAUCGAGGAGAUAAUUAAAUCAGAGAUUCUGGAUGAGUCAGACCUUUACACUGACAAUCGCACCAGGAAAAGGGUGGUGCCCAACAAGAACAAGAGAGACUUCUCUGCCUUCAAAAACGAAGGCGAGUCAAAGGUAAAGGUCUCUCCUCAGCUGCUGCUGGCCGCUCAUCGCUUCCUGGCCACAGAAGUGAGCUUGUUCAAUCCGACUCACAUCUCGGAAAAGGUGCUGCUCCGAAUCUUACGCCAUCCUGAUGUCAUCCAGGAGAUCAAGUUCAAUGAAAACGACAAGCGAUCAGCUCAUCACUACAUCUAUCAGAGAGGCAAGGCUGUCGACUUCUUCAUCCUCAUCCUCCAGGGUCGAGUGGAGGUGGAGGCCGGAAACGAGAACAUGAAGUUUGAGACGGGACCGUUCUCAUAUUAUGGAGUCAUGGCGAUCAGUGCUUUCACUCUGGUGGCCGCACCUCGUCCUCGCCUCCUCUCCUCUAAGAGGUUUUCUCUGUUCUCUCGGUUGCCAGGUAAAACAGUUUCCUACGACUCACUGAGGCCCCCUGGUGGACGACUCACACCAACCGAGUUUUGCUCACCAUCCCACCUCAGCGGGUUAAACCGGACGGCCUCUCUGAGUGGAGCCGACCGGACCGACUCUCUGGCCGUCAGCGGGAGCAACAGCCAGCUCAACAACAGCAUCCCUUUACAGCAGUAUACCCCUGACUUCAAUGUCCGGGCCCUUACAGACCUGCAGUUUGUCAAGAUCACACGUGCUCAGUACCAGAAUGGCUUGAUUGCGUCUCGUUUGGACAGCACGCCUCAGUCCCCUGAGAGCGGCCACCCCGCGGCCCACCUGGAGCAGGCGUCUCCUCCAGCCAACAUUACCAUCAUUGACCUUGGAGCAGACUCCGCCCCCAUUGAGAACGGUCCAGACGAGACAACACUCCUCCUAAGCGAGCAGACGCCGGCACCCCCGGCAAACCACCACAGCCAGCUGGAAAACAGCGUUUGACCCGGACCUUCCUCCCCUCGAUCUCCCUAUGUUUGCACACAUGCACUACUGCACUAGAAUGUUAGCUGAGGGGGUUGGGGCGGGCUUGUUGGCACCAGUCACACCUUAAAAGUCCCAAAGAAACAAGCCAUGUGCGUGCAUAUCACGCAAAUAUGCAUGAAUUCAAUAUACCAAACAUUCACUAAUGAGCCAAAACAUUACAACCACUUAAAAACCCUUAAUCAGGAUCUUAUUUGUCAUAAUCAAGCUCACUAGGCCGAGGAUUCAGUUGAGUUUCUUUGCAGUGGAGGUAUGCUGAGAGGUGUUUUAUCUCAUUAAUGCAGCUCUAAAAUCUAAUCAACACACCCAAAAAUCUAAACUAAGUAAUCCAUAAUGGUUAAGUUGUGUGUUUUUACAUCUAAAGGUUUAACAUAGGUUAUAUGGACUUCUGCGGUUCUUUGUAAAGUUUUGGCUCAUCAGUUUAAAGAAAACGUACCAAAAAUGUAUUGUGCCACAACCAUUUAAACAGACCUCCAGUCAUCUGUGGAGGUCCAGAAAACUCCUCUUUUUCCCGUUGGUCACUCAGAGGUGGUGCAGCCGAGUUCGGCUUCUUCCUCCGUUUCCAUGCCGCUUCCAGUUCAAAGACUCAGGGAGACUCCGCCCUCCUGCCUCCACCAAUCCUGUAUCUUCGAGGUGCAAACCCGCAGGUUGCGGCUCAGAGUCGUAAACCAAUCUCGCCGCCACAUGUGUAGCAGUCCACCCUCCUCCUCCCAUCAGCAUCCAUACAGCUGGAAGAGAAAGCGGAUCCAAGCAUGUCUGCGGAGUUCAGACAAAGUAAUAUAUGUUCCGUAGAGAUUUAUAGUCAAGUAUUUAUUGAUGAACUUUGUUUGUGACGAACACACAAGACAUUAUAUUUGCUUUGUAGGGAGGGAGUUACGAUGGGAGGUUCUGUCCUUGUUUUUGUUUCCUGCGUAGAAACAGCGAUUAUCCAAGACCCUUUAUCCCAAAGUUGUGAAGAGAUUCACAACUGAUUGACAACCAGUCUGUACUUUGAUUAGGACAAUCAGCAUGAAUUAUAUGAAUGUGUUAAACGAAAUGUGUGGGGUAUGUUGACUGUGGCUGCUCUCGUUUCUCUGAAAUGUUUUGUUUUCUUUGAGCUCAGUUCUGGGUAAUUUUCAAAGAAAUCUGGUGCCGGUUUUCACAGAGAUGGGUCCACCGGAGAGCAAAGAGACUUCAAGAAUCCGGUCCUACUUUUUGAAAGAGGCUGGGUCUUAUUUUUAUAAUUUUUUUUAUUAUUUUUUUGCAUACGUGUGUGUGUGUGUGUGUUUUUUGUGACCAAAAAUGUCCGUCAUCCGGUGGGAUCAGAAACCAAAAGAGGGUGGCCGCAUCACCUCCUGACUCAGAAACUACUUUCAAGGAAUCCGAGACUUUAUUUAUUUACUUUAAUGCUUGUACAUAUUUUUGCCGAUGAGGCGCAACAAGUGUAAUUUUGUUUAGCCUCAUUGUGAAAUGUUUUGCAAUUAUUUGCAUUUAUUGUUUGGUUUUUCUCCUUUUUGUUAAUCUGGGAAAUGGGAUGAUUAUAUGGAACUGCAAAGAUGAAACACUCAGCCCUGGCAUCGGCCACAUUUUGUCACGUUUAUGUUAAACUGUUCUGUGUGUUUUACUAUCAUCAUUAGUGCUUUUUUAAAUUUGAACUGCAUACACUCCAGUUAUAUUUUACUGUAACUUCAAAAGAGGUUUUAAGAGGAAAAUUAAUCAUAAAACGAAUUCAAUUAUC